ACUGAUCCCUGGCCGCCGAGCGGGCACGAUACUAAAAAUCGCAGGCAGUAGAACUGAGCGAGAAAUGUCGAACCCUUCGUUUCGUUUGACAGCUGCGGCUUCUAAAGAUGGCGGACAGCUGCGGGCAUACCCUCUUAGCACCCUUUCUCGAAGCAUAACGCCAGAUCAACUACUUUCAGAAAGCGACGCUGCUGCAACGGGCUCAACGGCCUCCUUGACUAGAGCCUGCAAUCAGCCGCCUUUAUUACGGAUUCAUACUGCCGAUCCCGACUCCCCGAGCUCCAAAGGUACCUGCGAACCCUCCUCGCCUUUGAGCAGAGUGCAUACGUGCGAGGCAGCGUCAUUAGCAUCGGCCCCUUCGACGUCUUCACCAACUGGAGGCUCCCCCAGUUCUAUUUCCUUGCGUCAUUCAUCGCCCUCGACCUCGCCGUGCUCAAGAAAAAGCUCCCUCCGCCUAUUCAAGUCAAUUGACGGCAGCUCUGAAUCUUUCCUCAAUAACCUGAGUGCCGGUUCUCGACUUUCGGUAACGCAGUCUCGGAAAGCGUCUAAUACACUUGCUAUGAUUGUUGGGGGCUUCUCUGGUCGUAAUAGAAAGGAUUCAGAAAACAGAACGCCCUCAAUAUCUCAGGCGUCUAGUACAAACCCCGCAUCAGGAAGCUUCGCAAUGGCUCAUGUCAACACUCUUUCCGCGUUUCCCAACUCGGGAAAUAUACCGGUGACGAGUGGGCCAUUAAACCCUCAGGCCGUCUAUCAGCAUAUACACGAUGUUGCAUCAAAGCGGAUCGCAACUUUAGAUUAUCUGAGAAAAGCUCAUGAGGGACAUAUAUACUGGUUCAACACCGUUCUCUUUAAUAAACCCGAUGCAUCGAGAACUUCAUAUUUCGAGCAGAAGAAGCUUUCCCGCCGCGCCACCAACUACCUCCUGCUGGGAAUAUCGUUACCCACUAUUCUCGACCUAAAUACACAAGGCCCCUACGAAUACCUACGGGCACUUCACGCACUACUAGCGGAAUUCGAGACUUUCCAGCAAAUUCAUCCACCGGACGGGUCUUCGUCCUCUUCGCUCUCUCGAGCACGGAUACCGCAAAUGUUCAAACGUGCAACCCAUGCUGCGUCGGUAAAGGGCCGUCGGACGAGCUCGGCGGCUGAGAUUGGUUUGCCAAUGAGUAGUGUCAGCGAUCCGUCUGAUCUGAAAUCGAUGGCCAGCAGUGUCUCAUCCGCUGGCGCCACUACAUCCUUCUCGUUCACUUCUGGCGACCAGGAGCUUCUUCCUGGAGAGGAGUACACUCAUCUGCUCACUCCCUUUCUUCCAUUCGAACCGGACUAUAACGAAACAUUCGCUACACUCUGCGACGUUUUAAUUGAUUGCUAUACGCGUAUUAUGACUCUAGUAUCCUCACCAGAAGCUUGCGCGCCGCAAGUGGAUGAGGUGUUCACCAAAGCUGACGCUCGAAUCCGCAAGGUCAUCAUCGCGGGGGUCAUGAAGGAAUUCGAAGAUACAAGUCGAACUUUUGCGAGGACCGAGCUUCGAGGACUUGGUAAAAUGGUACUUGGCGGACUGAUGUGA